AAGAAGCCCACGAGAUCUUGAUCUCGUCUCGAUCUCCCGGCACCGCUCUUGAUCUGUUUCCGGCGAGAUCUCGGCUUGGAUCCGAUCUCGUCCCGUUCAGGUGCCUUUGUUGUCUUGAAUAGAUCCGGAGAAUCAUGGCUCCAGUUUCGGCUCUCGCCAAGUACAAGCUCGUCUUCUUGGGAGAUCAGUCCGUUGGGAAGACCAGUAUCAUCACUCGCUUCAUGUACGACAAAUUCGACAACACCUACCAGGCCACUAUUGGUAUCGACUUUCUAUCAAAAACAAUGUACCUUGAAGAUCGAACUGUUCGUUUGCAGCUGUGGGAUACCGCAGGGCAGGAAAGGUUCAGGAGUCUAAUUCCAAGCUAUAUCAGGGAUUCCUCUGUUGCUGUCAUUGUGUAUGAUGUAGCAAGCAGGCAGUCAUUCCUGAAUACUGCCAAGUGGAUUGAGGAAGUGCGGACUGAGCGGGGUAGUGAUGUUAUCAUUGUGCUUGUUGGGAACAAAACAGAUCUUGUGGACAAAAGGCAAGUAUCAAUAGAGGAAGGAGAAGCCAAGGCUCGUGAACUUAAUGUUAUGUUCAUUGAAACUAGUGCCAAGGCUGGCUUCAAUAUAAAGCCUCUCUUUCGGAAGAUUGCAGCUGCCCUACCGGGGAUGGAGACACUCUCCUCAACAAAGCAAGAAGACAUGGUUGAUGUCAACCUUAAGUCUUCCAACACAAAUGCAUCUCAGUCACAGCAACAAUCAGGAGGGUGUGCUUGCUAAUAUGCACAGUCAAUCGAAUCGCUUCAUUUCCAACAUUUCCCUUUGAUCCUCUCGGAUCCUACAUAUUGUCUGUAAAAAUCUCGCCCCCUUUUUGUAGCGUUGGGUUUCUGGUUGUUUGUUUGAGCACAAAACUCGGAGAGAGGAUACUUGUUUAGUAGUUAGGCUUAGUCCUAACCGUGAUAUCUUGUGGGAUCAACGAUGAUUCCAGCUUUACUGUUUAGGCAUAUAUAUUUUUGUUUAAUUUCAUUUCUUUAAUAGGUUCUGCACAAUGCAUUCAGUUUUAUUAUUUCUUCUUCUUCUUUUUUUUAAACAUAAAUAAACCAGUGUUCAUGUG